AUGUCUCACGGAUUUUCCAGUAUUAACGGCCAAGGCAUAGUCCCUGCAUUCCCUGGUCUGUCAGCCCGAAGCAUCCCAGAAAACCCGGAUAUUCAACGUGAGACUCUGCGUUUGCUAGUGCAGUAUUCUGGAGGCUCUUCCCUGCCAGAGAAACCGUCAACUCCGGCCACAUCUGGCUAUGCGGCCCGAGAUGCCUGGCAGACUCCGCGUACUGAAGUCCAGCAAACAUCACCUCGACUCAUGCGUUCAUCAAGUGGUAGCCAUGUCACUCGAGCUUCUCCUUCCCGGUCCGUCGCUCCUUCCUCUGGCAGUCCAAUCCGAAUUUCUCCUCGCGCUUCUUCGCGCUCUUCCUCCCGUGCUCCUUCCCGACUUCCAUCUCCUCCGUCCGUUUCUGUCUCUUUCUCACAUGGCAUCUCUCCCAGUCAUCGCGAGCGUCAACGGACUCUUAGGGAGAGUGUGGCAAUCUCAAUUGCCAGCAGAAACGAUGAGAUAGUUUCUCCUAUAUCAAAAAAAGAUUUCUCCUACCCGCCGGAUACUAUGUCAUCUGUCCCCAGAUCUCCUCAAUCCUCGCGCUCAAUUUCGCCGACUGCCGAGCAAAGUUACAUUCGUCGCUCUAGUCGAAAUAGAGUCAAACCAACCAACUAUUAUGCCAAUCCUUGGGUUAAUGUUCGCCUUGAUUCCGAAGAGCCAGGCACAAAUGUCGAAGUUAUUCCAGUUCCAACGGUGUCUUCCCCGCAGGAGCCGUAUCGCGUUUUGCCCCGCCGUGCGAAUGUCCAAAAGCUGUUGUACAGCCGUGAGUUUGGCGGCGGAAAUCAUCGGCCCAUUGUCACUGAUGUGGUAUCUGAUCUGAGACCAUGGAAAUCAUGGCAAGGCGCUUCGGGUGAUCUUCUUGUUCUCGCUUGGUCGCCUGAUGGCACUCAGUUUGCGGCAGGCGCCGCAGCUAAAUCAGACGAACAUAAUAUGCAGUACAACAAAGCCAACAAUCUUCUUUUAGGCGAUCUUCAGAGCAACCUUCUAAAGGAAAUUCCGGAUCAUUGGAUUCCACGACCGACAUCGUCAACAGUGGAUGACCCACGACUUUUCAUGAGCGUCAAUAAUAUGCAGUGGAUUGGCAACCGACUCUACACUGCUAGUUUCGAUAAAACUGUUAAGAUCUGGGACGUCGAAUCAAUUCGCAGCGUGUCCUGUACGCAUACCUUGCAACACGAAUCCCGAGUGGCAGUGAUGUCCGUCUCGAAAUUCUAUCCAAAUAUGUUGGCUACAGGGACAGAAUCAAUUCUGGUCUGGGAUACACAAGAUCCAGAAAACUUGACAUCGACCCUUCUCCCCAUCGACCGCGAUGCUCGAUAUAAGCCUAACUUCGAGUUUUCAUCAACAGCCCUGGCCUGGGGGCAUACUCCAUCGACUAAGAAAUUCUUGGCCGGAGGCCUCGCCGAACCAGGGGAGGACCCGAUAUACAAAGGUCAUUUAGGUUUGUGGCAAGCCCGCGAAUCUGCAUUUGAGACCAUCAGAAUUGCUUCAAACUCACAAAAUGUCUUCGACAUUAAGUGGCAUUCUUCAUUGCCCAGAUUUGCCACGGCUAGUCCUGAAGACCCUCACAACGCACGGAUCAAAGGUAUUGGCAUUGCCACGAAAUCAAUUGUGAGGGUAUUUAGCCUCGAGUGUGACCUCCAAAGGCGUGUGCCAUCUGUUAUGGAAUUCUCGUGUCCGGCUUUGGAUGUCAAUGAGGUUAGUUUUUGUCCAGUGGGCUCUAGCGGCACAUAUGUUACUGCUAGUUGCACAGAUGGUAAAACCUAUGUUUGGGACGAUCGGAAGGGUGAUAGAAUACUCCAUCAACUUUGCCAUAGGGCCCCCCUCAACCCAAUUGAUCACCAGCGAAGCCGGGAAACAGCAGAUGUGGGUGUCAGGGUAGCUCUUUGGGGUUCCUCCAUGGACCAAUUCUAUACCGGUGCGUCUGAUGGUGUCCUCAAGCGAUGGGAUAUUCGCCGGUCACCCGAAGAUGUCCUUAUUGAGAAUGUCGCAUCUUUCAAUGAGGAAAUCAUGUGCGCAGCCUUCACCGACGAUCAGUCUCAUCUCUUGGUCGGGGGUUCUGGGGGAGGUGUGCAUGUGCUGUCAUCGGGGCCUUGCUCGGACCCUAACAUAACAACUUUCCAGUUCGAACAUGCCCCAGAACCCGAAAAGCCUAGUGAUAGUGGUGUUGUUGCUGGAAACCAGCUUGUCUCAUCUGGUCAGGUCGUCAAACACGAGAUAUUUGGUAUGGGGCAAGGGCCCUCUUACACGGGCCCUUUCGCUUCGUGGGCCCGAAACGUCAAACAAGACAUUUCUUUGGACCGAAUUGGGCAACUCCCUUUGCUCAAAAAAUAUCAAUGUCAACAAUUAGACGGACCGCCGCCAGAAGAUCGGCCUGAGCUCGAUUUGAAUCAGCGACGGGAGGUCGAAAGGCAAAGACAACUUGCGGCAAUACGAAAUCGAGGAUUCCAUAAGAGAAAACGCCAGGAGCAUGAUGACCCUUCUACGUUCAUCUUCCAGCACCCUGUAUCUUCCCUUGGCUCUUCCCGCCCCGAGAAGAAAAGGAAGAAAAAAGCCGAGAAAAUAGAAGUGAAAAGGGAGGCAAAUCAGGAGGAUAAUCAAGCUGAGAGAAAAGACCGUGGAGAUAAUGGAGAAGAGAAGGCCAAAAAGAAAUCUCGGAACAAAAAGAAGGCCCGCAAGGUCCCGCGCCAGAUAAUCACCAACACAGAAGAUGUUGACCUCACCCUCCUCGACUCUGAUACGGAGAUGGAGACGUCAACCCGACAUCGGUUUGACCUUGAAGAACUACUUGAGGUUCUCGAAGAAGAUAACUGGUUCCCUGCCAGUGGAGAAAUCGAUCCUAAUAUCCAAAAGGAGAUCGUCUAA